AUGUUCAGUAAAAAGGAAGAAGAGCUACGCAAGAAACGACCUUGGCGACCAUGGAAACCGAAAGUUGCUCCGCGUGUCACUCUCAUCGACUUGCCGAUGGAGCUCCUGAUAAUCAUUUACAAAUAUUUGAAUACGGCAGACAUCGAUGCACUUUCUCUCUCGUGCAAGCGGCUUCUUGAGGCAUCCAAGUAUUACGAGUUUAUGGAACGAAAAGUGCUGAAUUUGCAUAAAGUUGAUUUUGAGGAGCAUGGACAGCCAAUUGCGAUGCUGACGAACAGUUUUCGAUAUUUUGCGCAUGUUUCCUUGUAUUUGGUCCGUUUUGCUGAUAAUAAUUUAUUUUGGCGGAUUUUUGGAAAAUUCAUCAAGACCCUGUCGUUUCGGAUGUGCGUCAUUAAAAAAGUAAAAUUUCUCCAAAUUUUGUGUUUGCUGCCGAAUUUGGAGUCCUUGACAAUUUACAACUUUGAUGAAUUGCUCUCGACGUGGGAUUUGGAGAAAAAGGAGAAAAUUAAGCCAUAUUUACCGAAAGUUAAGACACUAAAAUUACAAAAAAUUAAUUUUUUCUCACCUCAGACGUUCGAUUUUCUCACCGACAUGAUGCCAUAUAUCGAACACAUCGAAAUCAGCGAUUGUUUCGUCAAUUGUCCAAGUCGGGAUCGUGUCAGGAUCAUCGAUCACAUUUUUUAUUUCAUCGCAAUGCAACCUCUCGUGCAUACCUUGAGCAUUUCCGGCACCCAUGUGGAUGACAUUGCCUUGGGGAAGCUCGGGAGCAUCGUUGGUCUCAAGCUCGACACCUUUUCGAUGACUUUUAUGGGCAAAAUUUCGGAUGACGGCAUCUUGACACUCAUCAAUGCCUUGGAAAACUUGACGAAUCUCGAUCUUUCGGGCAGUUUGGGACUCGUGGAUGACGCCAUGUCGAUCAUUUGUCGCCGAAUCCCCAAUUUGAAGGUUUUUAAGAUGCGAAAAUGUGUGAUGGUGACUUGCGAGGGGAUGAAAGAACUCAUUCGCUUGAGGAAAUUGGAGCUUUUGGACAUUAGCGAGUGUGAAAGAGUCAAAGACGAGGGUUUUGUCGAAGGUGUUUGUCCCCCAAAAUGGAAAGAUUGGAAGGAAAACUUGAAAGAACUGCAUAUGGCGUCCCUUUCGACACUCAGCGAGUAUCCCGUGAUCAAAGUAGCGGAACAUUUCUUCAACUUGACUGUUCUGGACUUGAACGCAUCCUCGAAUUGCGUGUCAGAUUUCACGAUGCAACUCAUAAAUCGGUAUCUCGUGAAGCUGCAUGUGCUGAAUCUCGAUGGUUGUGGUCGAAUAACUGAUGCGGGUGUUACCGGGUUUGGAUUUGUCAACGAAUAUGGCGAUCGGUACUCGCAUAGUCGAUCGAAGUUUUUGCGAACAUCGAAAAAGGCGAAUUACUCCAUUCAACGACUCAAUCAACUACGGACACUAAAGUUGGCUGGUUGUUAUCACAUAAGCGACAAAUCGAUUUCGGAAUUCAGAUUUAACGAAUUGAGGGAGUUGGUGAUUGGAAGAUGUCCUCAAAUUACGAUCAAUGGGAUUCGGAUGCUGAUCGAUCAAUGUCCCGGAUUGGAGACGCUGGAUUUGGAAUCAGGGAAGAAUAUUACGGAUAAAUGUGUGGAAUUGAUCUCGUUGAAGCUGAAAAGGUUAAAAACGUUAAAGUUGAUUUGUUGUACGCAGUUGACCAAUGAUAGUAUGCAUUGUAUUGCCUUGAAUUGCAAAGUUUUGAAGAAUUUGUAUAUUCGUGGAUGCAUGAACAUAAAAAAUGCGGAAAGCAUAUUAUACGGUCUAUCAUCACUCAAGAACAUUUACUCCAACUAAGCUGCAAAACUCACCUUGACC